GGCCAUCUGCGACGCGGGGCGCCUACCUCGCGGCGCUCCCGCGAUCCCGGGCGGGGCGGGCGCCCUCCGCAGGUUCGCGUUGCUGGAGGUCCAGGGCGCGUGGGGCGAGGAAGAUCACCGCCUCUGGCACGCGGGCAUCCUGAAGCCAGCUGACUGCGGAGAACGUGCGCCGGAGGGCGACGCCCUCGCCCCAACCCGCAAGCUCCGCCCCCUCGCCCAGACGGAGGUCCUCAUCAAGCUCGUCGAGACAGCACUCAUCGACGAGGCGAUCGAGGAGCUCCGCUCCUCAUUCGAACCGCGGCAGCUGGGAGUCGUCACCCCAGACGGCCCCGUCCGCACUGUCAAACUCAUGAGGGCGCGGCUCGAGGACAUCUCCCGGGCCGAGGGGGAGGCGCCCACCCUCUUCCCGGACGAGUCACAGACCAUCGGGGUGGAAGCGGAUGCGUUCGUUGAGCUCGAUGUUGAGAACGUGCGCGGCAGAUUCUACCGCUCUGGCGCUCUCCGCGCCGCCGCCGCGCGCUCCCGGCGCGCGGCCGCGCUCGCUGCGGUCCAAUGGAGGCACGGCGCAGUAGGGCUGUGGCAAAGGGUCACGGAGGGCGCUUGGGCAGCCGACGAAACGUGGAGAGGAAGAUUCCAGGGCUCGCGGCUGGCGCAGGUCAUGUUCGCCCUGGACCUGGAGGGGGCCUUCUCUGAGCUGCCAUGUGCGAGCCCCGUCCGCGCGGGCGUCGCCGACGACGCCUACUUGGGCGGCGCGGUGCGCGGCAUCGUCGAAGCGUGGCCAGCGCUGGAGGAAGCGCUCGCGGAGCACGGACACCGACUUGCUGCGCGGAAGUCUCAUGUCCUGACCCAGGGGAAGUUCGAGGCCGCCCUCGGCCCGCGCGCCGCCGUCGCGGCCCCCGCGAGGAAGCGCGUCGACGCCGCUACCUCGCACCUGGCCUCUCUGCGCGCCAUGGCCGUCCUGCCCGGCCCACUCGGGGGCCUCUCCCCGCCUUUGCCGUCGAAGUUGCGGGCAGCGGCAGCUUUCCACGCGGCUGAGUCCGCGCACUGCGCGGCAGUGAAACGGCUCGCUGCAGAGCUGGGCAGGCCAACCGAGGGCAGCGCGGAGGAUGCAGCAACAGCAGACCUGGCCGCCGAGGAGUUGCGCGACUCCGGAGUCGAGGUCCGGCAGGCAGCCCCCACCUUCACGAUGGUCGCCCGGCGCCGUUGCGACGAGGGGCCGUGGGCGCGGGACACGCCGGCCGCCGCAGUUUUUGCGUUCCCGCACCCAGCGGCGCCGAACUCGUCUCUGGACGCGCAGGGCUCCGCCGCGCCGGCCAGGGAGGCUCAACACGAUGGUGCAUGUCUCCGGGGCCGCCGCCGCGAGCACGGGCGAGCCAUGCGGGGAAGCGACGCGUUGUGCGCCACCGCCCUGCACGCUGCCAUGCCGUGCCACCGGCAAAUCUGCAUGUUGUCGUCCGGCGGCGAGGGCAGUGGCGCCUUCUGGAGCGCGGCGCCCGCCUGGCCUGGCCUCGCUGCGCGCGAAGGCGAAAAGGAUAAGCUCUGGCACUACGGCCCUACCGUGACCCCGUUCGCUGUCGAGAUCCUUGGUAGCAUGGGCCCAGCUGCCCUGCGCGCCCUCGCGGCGACGCGCCGGGUCAGUUGCGACUGCGGGUAG